AUGGCAGGAGCAGGAGUCCUACGGAAGCUGUGGAGCAGGUGCAGCCAGUGCCAGACGUGUGAGUGGAACGCAGUUCUACUCAGCCGCCAACUGGCAUGCAACAGGUGCGGCAACACUGUUGAGCUGUACCGCGGCAGGAAACGUGGAGUACGCUUCUCGCUGGCCGAGAGCGACGACGAGCACUUCUACGACGUGGCGAGUGACAGCGGGGGCGAGAACGUGCAGCUCCGCAAGCCUGUUCCCCCUGGUUUCCUCAAGAAGGGUACGACUGGCGCAGGCAAAGGGAGCAAGGGUACGUCUGUCCGCGGCCUGCUGCAGCAGGCGCUGGAGGCGGCCAAGGACGACGACGAGUUGAAGCGGGACCUCCAGAACCAGCUCGCGAAGUUGGAAAAAGAGGAGCAGGGCAGUACGGAGCAGCAGCUGGCCGAGGCCGAUGGAGCUCGUGAGGAGGCCCUCAAGGCCGAGGCCAACCGGCUUUCGGAGGCGACACUCAAGGCUGCGGUGCAGAGGACCAAGGACAGCGGCAGAAGGGACAUCGCGACCUUCUACCCCAAUGUCACCAGCCUGACGGAUAAAGCAUGGAAGUUCAUAUCGGCCAAACCAACAGCGUUUGGCCAUUGGGCUAUAGUUGAAUCGCAUAUCCACUUGGGCUCUGAGCUUAAUUCGCUGGCCAGGGAAGCGAAGAAGGUCAACCUUCGCACUGCAGUCAACCCAGCUCGACGCACGAUGCGGCCUGUCUCGAUCUCCAACGAGCCGAAGGCCAACGAGGGCGGCGAGGAGCUUGUGCCCCAGGCGCUGGCUCAAGUCAACAUGGUGGAGCGCUUCUGGCCGCCGCACGACAACCAGUGGGAAUUCGUCGGGGUCAAUGAGCUGACCGGCGAGGGCUCCCCGCCGGCCGCCCCGUCGCCCAGCAGCCCGGCAGGCCGAACGCACCUCGGCGCCCCGCCCGCGGAGGGCCCCUCCCGCGAGCCGCCCCGCGUGAGCCUGCCCCCGCGGGCCACGCAGCGCAAGCGGCCCUCAGGCGGCUGGCGACUGCAGGCGGGGACGUCUCCCCCAGGCGGCCAAACGACCGCGUCCGCCCUGAGCAGGUUCUCGAUGAUGACCAGCAGGAGCGUAUCCUCCAGGGUCAGCACCUUCUCCGCGAUGCGCCCCUCGUGCGUGUCACUGAAGGGGCUGUGGCAGUUCAACCGCGCCGUGAGGAGGACGGAGGGCUCCAUGAGGAUGCUGAGCACCGUCCUGUCGAUGGACAAGGAGGAGAGUUCCCUGACCUGGUUCGUGAAGAGCCGGCGCUUCACCGUCCUCAUUGCCUGUUUGAUCAUCCAACCCACGGUGUUCAUCGGCGUCGAGACCCAGCUGCUGUCCAGCCAGGCGUACCGAGGGUCUGGCUCGGAGCAGACGCUGCACGCCCUGUCGGCGGCCAACUAUGCGCUCACGCUCCUGUUCACGCUGGAGAUCACAGCGCGGUUGUACGUGUUCAGGGCAGACUUCUUCGUGGAGGAGAGGAUCUGGAACCUGUUCGACCUCCUCAUCCUCUUCCUGGCGCUCGUCGAGGUGGCCCUCGAGUUCGGCAUGUACGCGAUCUCGGGCGGCGGCGGCGGCAGCUUCUUCGACUCCGGCGGCACGGCGAAGCUCCUGCGCCUCUUCCGCCUCACCCGGCUCCUCCGCCUCGUCCGGACCUUUCGCCAGUUGAAGCCCCUGCGGAUGCUGGUGCACUCCAUCUACUGCGCCGCUAAGUCCGUCUUCUGGGCGCUGAUGCUGCUCUUCAUGAUCGUGUACUCCUUCGGGGUAAUCUUGACCCAGGCAGUGACAGAGCACACGAAGGGUGGCAGGCAGGUCGAGGACAAGAAGCCUUAG